CGGUGCGCGCGCGCGCGGCCGGCGGCGCCUCCUCAGAGCGGCCGCGGCGGGUUCGGCGCUGACGGGGCCGACGGGCCGAGACCGGCGGAGCGGCCGGAGCGGGCGGCGCCUCUUCCUCCCUCCUCCUUCUCCUCUCUCCUCCCUCCCGCAUCCUCCUCCUCGCCCCCCUCCUCGCCCGCCUCCGCCCCCCCGCACGCAGGCACCGCGGUUCCCGGCACGGACAACAUGGCGGCGGUGUCGGGGGCAGGGGCUGCGGGCGGCUCCGUCAGCGCCGGCGGCCCGGAGAUGGUGCGGGGACAAGUGUUCGACGUGGGGCCGCGCUACACCAACCUCUCCUACAUCGGCGAGGGGGCCUACGGCAUGGUGUGUUCUGCUUAUGAUAACGUCAACAAAGUUCGAGUUGCUAUAAAGAAAAUCAGUCCCUUUGAGCACCAGACAUACUGCCAGAGAACUCUGAGAGAGAUCAAGAUCCUGCUGCGCUUCAGGCAUGAGAAUAUUAUUGGAAUAAAUGACAUUAUCAGAGCUCCAACUAUUGAACAGAUGAAAGAUGUAUACAUUGUGCAAGAUCUUAUGGAGACAGAUCUUUACAAGCUCCUAAAGACUCAACACCUCAGCAAUGACCACAUUUGUUACUUCCUUUACCAGAUUCUGAGAGGGUUAAAAUAUAUCCACUCAGCCAAUGUGCUUCACCGUGACCUCAAACCUUCCAACCUGCUGCUUAACACCACGUGUGAUCUCAAGAUUUGUGACUUUGGAUUGGCUCGCGUUGCAGAUCCCGACCAUGAUCACACAGGAUUCCUGACAGAGUAUGUGGCCACACGUUGGUACAGGGCUCCUGAAAUCAUGCUGAAUUCUAAGGGUUACACCAAGUCUAUUGACAUCUGGUCAGUGGGCUGCAUUCUGGCAGAGAUGCUCUCCAACAGACCCAUCUUCCCAGGAAAACACUACCUUGACCAACUUAACCAUAUCCUUGGUAUACUUGGAUCCCCUUCCCAAGAAGAUUUGAAUUGUAUAAUAAAUUUAAAGGCCAGAAACUACCUGCUUUCUCUACCACACAAAAAUAAGGUACCAUGGAACAGGCUGUUUCCAAACGCUGACCCCAAAGCGCUUGAUUUGUUGGAUAAAAUGUUGACCUUUAAUCCCCAUAAGCGGAUUGAAGUGGAGCAAGCUUUAGCCCAUCCAUAUCUGGAGCAGUAUUACGAUCCAAGUGAUGAGCCUGUAGCUGAAGCACCCUUCAAGUUUGAUAUGGAGUUGGAUGACUUGCCGAAGGAAAAGCUGAAAGAAUUGAUUUUUGAGGAAACUGCAAGAUUCCAGCCAGGAUACCGAUCUUAAAUCAUGCAUAGGACAAGGACUUAAAGGACUGGGCAUGCUCAAAUGUUGCUGUUCCUCUUCCCAGUUCUUUAUUGUUGGUCAUGUCUUGUGGCCUCUCUCAGCUUAUCCACUAACUCCUUUGAGCCAUUCAGGAGGGCGGUUCCUGGUAGUUUUGGCUUUUCAUGCUUUCAAUGAAUCUUUUAAGCCUGAAGAAUUGUAAUUGACACUCCUCUGCGUAAUGCCCAUUGUUGACCUGUUGCAGUACUGUACUGUACGUGCACCUACUGCUGCCCGUGUUUAACUGCUUGCUUUCUGGUUUGAAAGAUGCAGUGGUUCCUUUCACUCCUGGAUCAAUGUCCAAGAAGAGAAUCCAUUGACCUGUAAGACGUUUACACCAUGAACUGUUUUUCUGACUUUACUGAAGUCGCUGGCAUUUUUUUUUAGAAAAGCUACUAUUCAGGGCACUUUAAGUCAGUGACAUCCCAGAUUUUUUUUGCACGUCCUUUUUAAAUACAAAUGGUUGGUUAGCAUCCAGCAGAGUGUACCAUUAUGCUAUGGAUUGCAGCAUAAGUUGUGUUCAUGUUAAUCUUGCUUAUGCACUUGUUUGGGUGUCCUGUGCUGUACAUACAGGUAUUCUAUCCAGUGUAAGAGCUACAUAGGAGCCCAACCUAACUGAAUUCAUCUAAGAAACAUUUUUCCAUGUAUUGACAAAAUCUGUACCUUUUUUUCCCCUGCUUUUCUUAAGAGAGAUCAUUUAAAGUUUACCCACGCUGGAGGCAUAGUACUCCCAAAGUCCUACCGUGCAGUAGCGUUUGUGCAGCCUGUGCAAGGCAAGGUGGCAGCUGCAGCUGCUCUGUGCUCCCUGGGUGCUGGAAGGGUUAACACAGACCACGAUGGCACCGUGACCCCACGGCCAGAGCUUUCCCUGGGCAAGGCAGCCGUAUCUGGUGGCAAGCAAGAAAUCAGAAUAUGAUGUUAAUUAACUCAGUCUGCAUCCUGCAUACCAAUGAAAUGCUUCAAAUGAGGAUUGAUAGUUUUGACAUUUGAAUCUAAUCACUAACAUUCAGAUUCUUGCAGAGAGGAACACUGCAUCUUCAAAUGAGAAAGUUUGAUUUUACUUUUGCUCCUACAGCAUGUCAGCAUCUCAAGUUCAUUUCUUGCAACCUACACUAUGGUGAUUUGUAAUCAAGCCUCCAUGAGCUCGUGACAUGAAGUACUGUUCUGUUGUCAAGUACUAUCAAACUUUUCUGAUAAUGCUGAGUUAGGACAACCAAACAAAGCUAGCACUAAAUAACAUUUAAAAUUGUAUACCUUUUAAUGAUCUUUUCAAGUAUUUGUUACUGAAAUUGUAUAAUGUGGAGUUUACUAGGUGUUAUGUUCCAGUGCAGUGCCUCCUUUUCUUUCCCCACUGCUCUCUGUGGUGAGAAAUUUGCCUUGUUUAAAAUAAUUACUGUGCCCUCGCAUGACUGUUAAAGCUUUCUGUGCAAAGAUGAUUGUCUAAGUGCCACAUGCCUAUGAUUGAGAAAAAAAAUAAUCUAUUGUUACCUCUGAGUUGUGUUCAACUGAAAUGCUAUUCAACAAAUAACUUAGGAAAAAUAGUUCUAUUUUUAGCUUUUCAUAUCUCUGCUGUCUUUUUCUCAUUUUAUUUUGGCAGCAGUGAAGAAUGGAUUGUAUAAAGACUGCUUGCUAAUAUGAACAAAAUGCACUUGUAAUUCCUGGAAAUAAAUUUAAAUCUUAUAUCUUCA